UCACCACGUGGGUUCAACAUGGCCGGGUUCGUGGACCUGAACCUCCCCCACUCGCCGGAGAAGGCGUCUUUGCAAAAGUUGGUGGAGUCGGCGGCGCAUCUUGGCUAUUCAACCGUGGCAAUUAAUUAUGUCGUUGACUAUGAAGAAAAGAAAAAGGAAGUUGUCAAACCUAUAUCACCCUCAGAACUUUUUACGUCCUUGCCUAUGGUGCAGGGGAAAUCCAAGCCAAUUAAGAUUUUGUCACGACUAACGCUGGUUGUUUCUGAUCCAUCCCACUGCAAUAUCCUAAGAGCAACAUCUACAAACAUAAAAUUUUAUGACAUCUUCGCUGUAUUUCCUAAGAACGGGAAACUCUUUCAUGUGGCUUGCACAACCUUAGAUGUCGAUCUCGUGUGCAUCAAUGUAACAGAAAAGCUGCCCUUCUACAUCAAAAGGCCUUCGGUUAACGUGGCAAUAGAUCGAGGCAUAUACUUUGAACUUGUUUAUGUGCCUGCCAUCAAAGACUCCACAAUGAGAAGAUACACAAUUUCCAACGCGCUCAGCCUGAUGCAGAUCUGCAGAGGAAAGAAUAUUGUACUGUCCAGUGCAGCAGAAAAGCCUUUACAGCUACGGGGUCCUUACGAUGUGGCUAACCUAGGGUGGCUGUUCGGCCUGUCUGAAAGCAACGCCAAGGCUGCUGUUUCUACCAAUGGCAGAGCGGUCCUUCUUCACGGAGAAACCAGAAAGACUGCUUGUGGAGUGGUAUAUACAGUGAAGAAACCCCGAAGCCCAGAUGAAGACGACUCCACUCCAGCUACCAAAAAAGCCAAGAUGGCAUUGUGA